UGCACAUGUAACCGGCAUGGGUCGGACGAUUUAGAUAGGCUUAUAAGGUAUAAGGUCAAGGUCUGGGAUCCAAAGACAAAAUAGUGUAUGACUUGUAGGACACAUGUCACUUGACAUCGGAACAUAGGAAGUCACGAUGAACGUAUUCCUCGUGGCGGCUGUCCUGGCGGUGGGGUCGGCGGUGGACGUCCCCCUCAACAACCACUGGAACGGAGGCUUCCAGGCAAAGGCCUGCAUUGGUAUCACAAAGGAACUGCACUCUUGGACAGCACAUCUUCGUUUUGACCAAGCCGUCGACAGCCUUGACAUAUGGACGGCGGAUGCUAAAAAGGCAGAUGGGGGGAAGGAGUACGUGUUGACCAACAAAGCAUGGAACGCUGACGAGCAUGUCGGGGACCAACUAUGUCUUGACUUCGUGGCUCACACAACGGGUGAUAUCACCCCCAAAACAACCUUGGAAAUUGAAGGAAUGGGAGGUGGUGUUGCGCCAACAUCCGGCUCAGUAACCCAGGGCAACGGGCCCACGAAGCCUCACCAAGUAGCCACGAUUCCACCAAUCCCACAUACAGGAGGCGGAACAGCCAGGUAUGCCUACGGAGAAGCCCUGGCUAAGUCCAUUCUGUUCUAUGACGCUCAGAGGUCAGGCAAACUUCCGGCUAACAACCCCAUCCCCUGGAGAGGAGACUCCGCCCUGGGAGACAAGGGAGAUAAUGGGGAGGACCUCACUGGAGGAUGGUAUGACGCUGGUGACCACGUCAAGUUCAGCUUGCCAAUGUCCAGCACUUCCACUGUGUUGCUCUGGGGCUACCUUCAGUGGAAAGAUGCAUAUGCUACAAUGAAACAGACAGAUAUGUUCUUUGAUAUGAUCAAAUGGCCACUGGACUAUUACCUCAAGUGCUGGAUCCCCAAGAGUCAAACUCUUUAUGCUCAGGUUGGAGAAGGCAAUGACGACCACCACUUCUGGGGCCGUGCUGAGGACAUGAAGAUGGCCAGACCCGCCUACAAACUCACACCAAGCAAACCUGGAUCAGAUGUUGCUGGAGAGAUUGCUGCCUCCCUAGCUGCUGGGUAUCUGGCAUUCAAACAGAGAGAUGCUACAUACGCUGCUAAACUUCUGUCAACAUCCAAGGAGAUCUACGAGUUCGGGAAGAAGAAUCCAGGGACGUACUCAUCGAGUAUCCAAGAUGCUGGCCAGUUCUACUCAUCAAGUGGUUAUAAGGAUGAGAUGUGUGAGGGCGCCAUGUGGCUGUACAGAGCAACAGGUGACAAGUCUUACCUGGCCGAUGCCAAGGGUUACCACGAGAAUGCCUGGGCGUGGGCUCUAGGAUGGGACGACAAGAAAAUCGCUUGCCAGCUGCUCUUGUACGAGGCUACCCGUGACACUGCUUACAAAACAGAAGUGGAGGGUUUCUUCAAGGGCUGGCUCCCUGGUGGCUCCAUCACCUACACUCCAUGUGGACAGGCGUGGAGAGACCAGUGGGGAUCCAACAGAUAUGCAGGUGAUGCAGCAUUCGUCGCUCUGGUGGCUGCCGAUGCUGGUAUUGACACUGCAACCUACAGGAAGUGGGCAGCUCAACAGAUGAACUACAUCCUCGGCGACAACAACUACGGCAUCAGCUACCAGAUCGGCUUCGGCUCCAAAUACCCGAGGAGUCCUCAUCACAGAUCUGCUUCCUGUCCCGACCGUCCAGCUCCCUGCACAGAGGCCAACCUACACUCUUCCGGUCCCAGCCCCCAGCUCCUUGUGGGCGCCAUAGUGGGAGGUCCCGGUAAUGAUGACUCCUACAAGGACAACAGGGAGGACUACGUCCACAACGAGGUGGCCUGCGACUACAACUCAGGUUUCCAGUCUGCUCUGGCUGGUCUUACGCAUCUUGUCGCCAAGAAGGAACUGCCUGAUGUUGGUAAACCAAAAUGCCACGGGUCGUAAACACAGGAGUAAAGAUGGGGAAGUUUGCACAAGUUACACAAUACUGGUCAAUAAAAUUAACUUUUUCAUA